CGGCACCAGUCCGGGCCUGCCGCGUCCAGGUGUGCAAAGCUACCGCCAUCACAAAUUUAAGAGCACACCAUGAGCGGCAACUGAACCAAACCAAUACAUAUCAAACCAUGCACUGAUAGCUUAACAAGACAAAACUAGGCUAGUAAGAGUUUCCGUGGGGGGCGCCCCCUGGUGAAAGUGGAGGAGGAAAGCGCGCUGUUGGGGCGGCUGCAGGCGCUGCGGGGGACUGCCUCGCCGGCGCGGGUCGCCAGUUCCAUCCGCGGGUACCUGACCAAUAAGGUUGGGUCGCUGCAACUGAGGGACACAGGUUCCGAAGUCCCGAAGGGUCGCGUCGGAGGCGGGGCCAAUGAUCACUGAGAAACGCAGACACGAGAAGACAGGACGGGGACUCGGGCCCCUCCGAAUAUGGUAACAGAUCCUCGCGACACUCAUUGUAUUUAGCCAGAGCUGUGAGAAACCUACAAGAUGGCGGAGGGACCGCAAUCGAUAUGGCAGAAGAUCGACAGCACCACCAUCCCCAUGGUCAACCUGGAGGUGAAGGAAGUGCGGGAGAUAGUGUGGGAGAAGACUCAGGAGCCGAGCGCACAGAGAAAGAUUAUCCUGGUGAUCGUCUCUAUAGCGCUGCUCCUGGACAACAUGUUGUACAUGGUCAUUGUACCGAUCAUCCCCGACUACCUGCGCUACAUCGGCGCGUGGGGCGAGGCGGGCUACGACCACGUCGUCACGCUCCCCCCCAUCAUAGAAGGCAACCGCACCAUCAUCCCGACCAAAAUCAUUCCGGCGUCGCACGAGGGCCAAGACUCCGCCACGGGCGUGCUCUUCGCUUCAAAAGCGAUCGUUCAGCUCAUGAUCAAUCCAUUUUCUGGUGCCUUAAUCGAUCGUAUAGGAUACGAUGUGCCCAUGAUGAUCGGGCUCAUAAUAAUGUUCUUAUCUACGUCGAUAUUUGCGUGCGGUCGAAGCUACAGCAUGCUGUUCUUCGCGAGGAGUCUGCAGGGGGUGGGUUCCGCGUUUGCGGACACGGCAGGUCUGGCGAUGAUUGCCGACAGGUUUACAGAGGAGCAGGAACGGUCUAAGGCCCUGGGUAUAGCUCUUGCCUUUAUCAGUUUCGGAUGCCUCGUAGCGCCACCUUUCGGAGGGGCAUUGUAUCAGUUUGCGGGAAAAGAAGUACCAUUUCUAAUUCUAGCUCUAAUUUCGCUUCUUGAUGGAUUUAUGUUAUUGCUUGUGAUGAAGCCGCUCAAAACGCAAAUUAAAGAAGCAAACCAGCCGAAACCGGCAGGUACACCGAUCUGGAAACUACUCAUGGAUCCAUAUAUCGCCGUCUGCGCCGGCGCGUUGAUGAUGUCUAACGUGGCUUUGGCUUUCCUCGAGCCGACAAUCUCAUUCUGGAUGGAAGACAACCUUACUAAAGAUAACUGGAAGAUCGGCAUGAUAUGGCUGCCGGCGUUCUUCCCGCACGUGCUCGGGGUCAUUAUAACAGUCAAGAUGGCGAGGAAGUACCCACAACACCAAUGGUUGAUGGCGGCGGGGGGGUUGGCGCUCGAGGGCCUCUGCUGCUUCAUAAUACCUUUCGCUAAUUCGUACAAGAUGUUAAUGAUUCCGAUCUGCGGAAUAUGCUUUGGAAUAGCGUUGAUUGACACAGCUUUGCUCCCAACAUUAGGGUACUUAGUAGACGUGCGUUACGUUUCCGUAUACGGAAGUAUUUAUGCCAUCGCCGACAUCUCGUACUCAUUUGCUUACGCCGUGGGCCCUAUCAUCGCCGGCGAGGUCGUCGAAGCGAUCGGCUUCACCGCACUCAACCUGUUCAUCGCAUUCAGUAAUCUCUUGUACGCGCCAGUGCUCAUGUACCUGCGACACAUCUACGACUUCAAGCCGUUCCAGGAUGAAGCUAACAUUCUGAUGGCAGAUCCGCCGGACAAAGAGUACCAGACUUACAGCCUGCAGGAGCAGCGGCCGGUGAACGGUGACUACAAGAAUCACUUGGAGUACUCGAACGUGGGAGGACAGCAGAUACAGGAGACCAGCGUAGACGCGGGCAGCUACUCGUACGACCAGUCGUAUCAGCAGGGUGGCUACCAGAACGACCAGGGCUACAGCCAGAGUUACGACCAACAGCAGCAGCAGCAAGGGUAUCAGCAGGAUUACCAGCAACAGGAGUACAGUCAGCCGCGGCAACUGCCGACGCAGCCGCCGGCCUCGAACCCGUUCCGGGCGGCCCCCGCCGCGCCGGCCGCGCCCGCCGGACCGGCCCCGGUUAAGAACCCCUUCCGGCAAGGCUUCUAGAGCCCUCAUUCGGUGUUGUUGUCUUUUUUGAAUUUACUUGUUGUAUAAUUAUAAUAUUUGGGAUAACUUCGAUCACUGAGCCGCGGCGGCGGCGGUUGUUUCGUGUCUGACUAGAUGUCUAUACUUAAUAGCUGUGCUUGUAAUAAAAUAACGUAUUGUAGAUAAUUUUAGGCCGCUCGCUUCGUCGCGCCCGAUACCCUGUCUUUUAAGAUAAAGUUGACGCUUUACAUACUUCACGCAUACUGCAAAUUUGCACCAAUCAAACCACUUUAAGAACACUUCUCUAAUAUCGUCGUUUAACGACAACUUAAUGUAAAUGUUUUUACUAUAUUUACACAGACCCACCACUGGACAAAGGCACUUCCUCUUUCAAUCUUCCAUCCAGUUCCAGAAUAUAAUAAAUUAUCACAGUAAAACGAAUAGGUAGAUGGACAUUUUUAUAAUGCAUCAAAUUUUGGAUUUGAAUUUUAAACGAUGAUAUAGAUAAUUCAAGGAUAGAGAUUUGAUUCGUCUUGUUUUGACCUAAAAUCUUUGUGCAGAAGUAAAUAAAUGUGUACAGAAUCAUGUAUAACUUCAGCGUCAAACACAGGUAUAGCUACUGAAAAAGGGUCACGUCGGGCGCUAUGAGGCGAGCAGCUGCCUGUUUCUUGUUGAUCUGUAUUGUUCUGGAUAUACUAAUACACUGUUGAUUAUGCCUUCGACUAGACAUAGUUAUUGGAUCAAACUAUAUUUAAAUGGUACAUUAAAUUCCCAAAACCUAAGUAGCAAAUAGUAUCGGUUUAAGGUAGAUGUUUAUUUUUACAUAUUAAUGUUUGAGAGCAGUGGAGUCAACGCACUCAGAAUCACGUGAGGGCCUAAGAUGUCAUAUAUAUUACAAAUCUUUUGGCACUUACUGUAGCUAAUUUUUGUCACAUUGUUGAAUAACACCACAUUAGACCAGACGAGCGCUAUCACGCUGCAAACGUCUUGACAAGUGACCGAAAUUACGUGUUGAGGCUCGCUUUAUCAUAUUACCUAUUUAAAAUAUAAGUAAAAUUAUCAAAAAGUACAUAUAAUAUGUUUUGUACAUAAGGUUCAUUGCCGUCAUUUUGUCGCCUUUGACUGUGAAUAU